UCCGUAAUCUCAUCCUCUCCUUCCAAUUCUACUCAUCCACCAAUUACUCUUACUCUAAGCCUCUCUUCUACUUAUUCAUAUAUACCAAAACCUCUGUCAUCGUCUUGUCUGUCUCUCUUGUCUUUCUUACACACCACUAUGGCAUCGGCAACUGUUUCUGUAGCCAAACCACUCGUUCAGGCGAAAGGAAAGGGUCUUGCUUUUGCUGAAUUCUCCGGCCUACACAACUCCGCCGGUAGCCUUCCGUUUGCCAGGAAAGGCUUCGAUGACUUCGUUUCACUCGUUGCUUUUCAGACAUCUGCUUUAGGAAGCAAUAAUGGCGGAUACAGGAAAGGGGUAGUGGAGGCGAAGCUAAAGGUUGCGAUAAACGGGUUCGGUAGAAUUGGAAGGAACUUCUUGAGGUGCUGGCAUGGUCGUAAGGACUCUCCGCUCGAUGUCAUUGCCAUCAAUGACACCGGUGGUGUUAAGCAGGCUUCUCACCUUCUCAAAUAUGACUCCACACUCGGCAUCUUCGAUGCCGAUGUCCAGCCUGUUGGCACCGAUGGCAUCUCUGUUGAUGGCAAAGUUAUCAAGGUUGUUUCCAACCGCAACCCUGUCAAUCUUCCAUGGGGGGACUUGGGAAUCGACCUGGUGAUCGAAGGAACCGGUGUGUUCGUCGAUAGAGACGGUGCAGGUAAGCACAUACAAGCAGGAGCCAAGAAAGUGCUGAUUACUGCCCCAGGUAAGGGUGACAUCCCCACCUAUGUUGUUGGAGUAAAUGCUGACGCCUACAACCCAGAUGAGCCCAUUAUCAGCAAUGCUUCUUGCACCACCAACUGUCUUGCUCCUUUCGUCAAGGUUCUGGACCAGAAGUUUGGUAUCAUCAAGGGAACCAUGACUACAACUCACUCGUACACUGGUGACCAGAGGCUGCUCGAUGCUAGCCACCGUGACCUCAGGCGUGCACGAGCUGCAGCUCUCAACAUUGUCCCCACUUCAACUGGUGCUGCAAAGGCUGUGGCCCUUGUACUCCCUACUCUCAAAGGCAAACUCAACGGUAUUGCAUUGCGUGUACCAACGCCAAAUGUGUCGGUGGUCGACCUCGUUGUCCAAGUUUCGAAGAAGACCUUUGCUGAGGAGGUGAAUGCUGCUUUCAAAGAGAGUGCAGAGAAAGAGCUAAACGGUAUUCUUUCGGUAUGUGAGGAACCCCUUGUUUCGGUCGACUUCAGGUGCUCUGAUGUGUCCUCCACCAUCGAUGCAUCACUCACCAUGGUCAUGGGAGACGACAUGGUUAAGGUGAUUGCUUGGUACGACAACGAGUGGGGCUACUCUCAAAGGGUUGUGGAUUUGGCUGACAUUGUUGCCAAUAACUGGAAGUGAUUUCUAUGCUAUCAUAUAUAUAUAUAUAUAUGUGCAUAAUAAUGGGAUUGAUGGUUGAUUUUUGCAGGCUCACCUCAUUUAUUCUUUAGGUUUCUACAAUUCCUCCUUUUGUCAAGGCUACUAUAUAAUCUGUAUGUAAUGUGGGACACAUACAUUCUCUAAUAUGUUUAUGCAAUAAAAUUCUUACUUUUUAUAUUCA